CCACAUCUGCAUAUCACCACAUCUGCAUAUCACCACAUCUGCGGCCAGGAGCUGCAUCAAGCCUAACCAUGUGGACGCUCGAGUGCGAAGGCGAUGCGCUUUCCGGUACAUUUACACCCCGUGGCCCUGAUCAACCACUCCAACGCUGACAUCACCCAGGCAAGACGCUAUGGCUACGACCCGGAAAGAAGUAUGUCAUGGGAAGAACGUCCGGAGACGGAAGUAUGAUACGCUCUAGACAAGGGAACCUAUGGGAGUACAUGCUGACUCUAAAUAGAUGAGAUAGUGUGCAUUGUAGACAAGACCAUCUCCAGGAAGCACAUCACUGUUGAACUCGACACAAUUGAAGCGAGAGAUUGCGCAUGUCCCCACUCACUUCAAACCUAGUAAUCUACUAACACAUACCCCAGGCAAAUGCUCGUUCCCGAUCGCGUGUGACGAUAAAGGACCUCGAUACGAAGAUCGGCACACUAUUGAAUGGAGAGCAGAUCCAGGGCAAGACAGUACAACUCGACCGGGAAGAUAAUAUUGUUGUGCUAGGGAGACAUAAACAUCAUUUUCGGUACUUCUAUUUAUCUUACAGGAGGAUAUAGACUAACAGCGGCAGCUUCAAAAGGGUACCACUUGCACUUGCAUUCUCCUUUACAGGCAAAGAAAAGAAAGCAGAUCCAUGGACCGCGCUCUACGAACAACUAGGACCUCUCGAUAUCAAGGUACUACAAGAGUAUGAACAUGGAUAUACCACACAUGUUGUGGCCUCGAAACGAAAUACACCCAAGGGAUUACAGGCGUUAAUCGACGGAAAAUAUAUCGUGGAUACCACCUACGUUAAAGCGAUUGUGGAUGCUGCUAAAUCCAUUGAGGAUGACUUUGCAAAUUUUCCGGAUGCUUUAAAAUUUCUCCCCCCGAAAGGAAAAGAACCCACGGAACGCCCGGCCACCGCCUAUGCUCCGGAUCCACUUCGACAAGAUAUGUUUGAGGGCUAUCUCUUUGUAUUUUAUUCUCAACAACAGUUCGAUACUCUUUUAGCACCCAUCACUGGGGGACGUGGAAAGGCUUUGUAUCGAGAGGUCAUUCCGGAUCGAACCACAGUACCGGAGUUUGUCGAAUAUGUGAAACAAGUAGCUGGAGAAAAAGGUCUUGGGGAAUUGGAAGAUGGAAGUGAAGGAAAGGGCGUGGUUGUUGUUAAAUUUAACCCCUCUGCAGGACAAGGUAUUGAUUGGUAUGCAAAUUUCAACACGGAAGUAGCUCUAUCUUUGGGUUAUCGUUUGAUUGAGCAAAAUGAGUUUCUUGACGCUAUUUUGGGUGGUGAUUCAAGUGUGUUACGAAGACCACUCGAAGUUGCUUCAUUCUCAAGAAAAGCUGGUAAGUAUUGCUACAUAACACUACAUUCCACACUAACACUUUUAGCUCAACCUGUCUCUCCAGUAGUAGAUCGAUCAAUGGCAGCUCCCGUUUCUGCUCCAUCAGAACCCGCACCACGUCCAGCUGGCCGAAGAGGUCGUCGAACUGUAGCUAAAUUCCAAGGCUUUGACGACGAUUUCAGUCUUCCUGUUAAUCUCAAUUCUAUUCCAGAAGUGCAGCCAACACCUGUGGCUCCCGCAGCUGUUGAAGAAUCUCAAUCUCUCUUCGUUACCCAACAAGAUUCCGAUGCCAAUAUGUGGAGAGAACCAUCUGAAGAGCCACUACCGAUAGUUCAACCAAGAACAAGAAAACGACAAGCUACACCAAUGGAUGAUGGGGAACGUAUAGAUAAUCUGGCACCCUCUCUCGUCAAGAUGAAAAGAAUUCGUUUGGAAGAAGCCGCAGCUCGCAGAGAACGAGGCGAAUCGACACUAGUACCUCCCAAAGCAGCCAAACCCGCUCCACCAAAAGAACCAAUACCACCUCCACCCGUAAAGAAACCCAUCAAAAAGACAUCCAAGAAAAUGGGAGAUGUCGAAGUCGAAGAAGCAAUGCGUGAACGAAUGGAAGAACAAGAACAAGCCGCAGCCGCAGAACGCGAUGCCCAACUCGCCAUCAUGGCAGAUGUCGACAUAGCCGAUGUCCAAAAAGGUAUAGAAAUCCUAGAAAUGUCGGUUGGUCGAACACGCGCCAUCACCCGUCCUUCCGCGCGAGCAGAUGAUAGUGAGCGUUGGGACGAUAAUUGGAAUGGCCGUCGUAACUUUAAGAAAUUCCGCCGACGAGGUGCACCUCCUACGCGAGGCCCCGAAAGAGUCAUCAUCUCCCUCGAAGAAGUCAAGAGCAAAGAAUUCGGCAUCGGAGACGAGUACUGGGUCGAAUCCGCCUCCGCAGAUCGCGAAACUCAACGACGCAGUCAAAAGGGUAAAGGACGAGCCGCACCCGAGGAAGAAAGUUCCGACUCCGAUAUUCCAAUGAGAAACUCGAGACGCUCGAAAGAACGCUCUGCUCCUAUCCCUCGAAGUAGGACCCGAGAUGUCACACCCGCGGUCGUCAUCCAGAGCUCGGAGGAUGAAAUCGUUGAUGAUGAGGAGGAGUUUCUUGGGGAUGCGGCACUUCUUCCUCCGCCUUCAAAGUCGAGGAGACAAGCGAGGGUUACGUCGCAGGGUAGUGCGACGUCGUCGACGUUGCCACUUGAGGAACCGACAAGUUCGUCGAGGAAGAGAAGUGCGGAACCUCUUCCUAAGCCUGCGCCGACGAAGAAGGUUCGUCAGGCUACUAUUGGGGAUGUGGUGGGGAGGAGGGCUAGAGCUCCUGUGGAGGAGGAUAGCGAUGAUGAUAUGAGGUUUGGGUUUAGGAGGCGGUAGGAGAUUGUGGGAUGUGGAUGUGGAUGUGGAUAGGUGCGUUCAAGUUACAUCAGGGUGGAUAUUAGGAAUGGGGUAUCAAGUGUUAUUUUAUUUCUGAGGGUAGGCGGUGUCCACCGCCUUCUUCUCCUACUAGCUUUAGCCUAUAUACAUAUGCUCAGUCUAUGAAGACCAUCUAUCUACCCUAUCUAAUGCCCGUAUCCGACCCAUGAAAAC